ACAUUAAAACAGGUAGUUAGUAUUUACUGCACCAUCGCUUUUUGUUAAGUGCCUGCCAAAAGUAAAUACAAUUAACAAGCUACGUGAGAUUGUAAGCUAGAGCUAAGAUUUUAGGCUAACAAUAAUACAGUCUUAACUAUUAUCGUGGAAAAAACAGUUACUAUUUUAGAACAGUUAUACAUUAUAUAAAUAUAGUGUUAACAUUGUCCACUAUAUUUAUGUGAGGGCAGACAAACACAGAGAGUGGCUUUUACUCCCUAUAUAUACUUCAACAUCAUCAUAUCAAACUAUACGUAUCAUCCCGAACCGUAGAAAUGGCUACCACUAGCCAAGAAGAUCCCAGUGAUAAGUCAACACUAUACAACACUUGCAAGGAGAAAGUGAAGACUUUUGUGGAAGAAUGGAGUAAUAACUUCAAGAUGUGCUACUGUCCCUGUAAGAUCAAUAAGUACGGGAUGAUGGACUCAGAUGAUACUGAUAACGAGACACCUGUGCCACUGACGAGAGGUGACGAUGAAGAAGACACACACAAGAUGGAAGUUUGUACCAGUGGGGAACAGACAAAAACCACCUCAUCUAAACGACCUCCCAUAUUGAAAGAAGUUCCAGUAGAGGGUACAGGAUCCCCUCAAAGCAGAACAAGCUACCAUAGAGAAUACAGGAACCCAGCAUUGGAACAAGCUGCUGUUACCGUGGAGACUACAGGACACCCCACAUUAGAACAAGCUACUGUUACCGUAGAAACUACAGGAUCCCCCAUAGUGGAACAGGCUACAGUUACCGUAGAGACUACAGGACCCCCCACAGUGGAACAGGCUACAGUUACCGUAGAUACUACAGGAUCCCCCACAUUGGAACAGCUACAAGAUCUAAACGUAGAACCGAUACACUUCCAAAUGCUGGGAUUCUACCUUCAAGUUGGACAGGAAAAACUUAAUGAGAUUGGGCGAAGCUUGGAUUCAACAAGCGAUGCUCUAACAGAGGUGUAUCGGGUGUGGUUGGAGAGAGGUGUGAACGUGACUUGGGAGUGCAUUGUACAAGCUUUGGAGGAAUGCCAAUUGAUGGACAAGGCUCAACAUGUACGUAGCAAGUAUCUACAUUAGCUAGCAGGCAUGCGUUUGAGCAUACACAGUGUAGUUACAUAUCUCAUGCACGAUCAUAGACCUUCAAUUUUCAGUUUUGAUCUUGUAAAAACAUUAUCAUAAAGAGUGUUAUCAACUAUAAUUAUACAUGUGUACAUGUAAAUCUUCAGUUUCACAAGCCAAGGCUAUAAAUUAUAGAAUAACUUUAAGAUAUUAUUUUAC